UUGCAAAAUUGGACAAACCCUCUGCGACUUCGUACGACAACAAGAGGUCGUACCUGCGAACCGUGCUCGGAAGGGAAGCGCCAUCAGCGAAGAUGGUACUACCUCCUGCACCACGCAACCUCAAAGGAAUACCUCAAUUUCUAGCGAGGAGCAAACUGUGCAGGGAGCUAAUAUACAAAAGUCGGGACUCCGUUCGUUUAAUAGAUCUGCCUCCUCUAGGCAAAAGCCGAACCCGACAUCAAAACUAAAAGACACACUAAACAGAAAGUCCACUUGCAAGCAGGGCACACUUUCUGCACACACAAGCACUAGCAGCACCACUUCAAUCCAGUCAUCACCCAUCGAGCCAACUUCUUCUCUACCCACGCUGAACACCACGCCUACACCACCUACUGCCAGCAAAAGUAACCUAUUUGUGCGGGUGCUACGACGAUUUUCAAGUAACUCCCUUCCCGGCAAGACGGCGUCAAACCCGAAAAACGCGGACGACGUACCGAAAGUCAACGAUAACAACAACGGCGAUCUGGGCAAACAGCAAUCAACCGAUGUAGAGGUGCUUUGCUCUCAGGACAACCAGAGCAGGGAACAGAAUGAGGACGAAAUGGAUAGCAAAAUAGAGCCUGCAGAUGCCAUAAGCAACCAGAAAGCUGGUCUUACUUCGGGCAAACCUAAAAAAGACAAGUCAGUCAAGGGGACGUCGCAAGCGGUUGUUUCAGACACCAAGAAAAUGGAGGCCAGGAAGUCCUCCUCGGACACGGUGAUUGAGCCAUUGAUCAAGCAGCAGGCGCCACUGCACUCGUCAAAGACCACGCCAACGACUUUGACGGCGAACUUCGUGCAAAACAUUCGAUUCGUCCGUAAAAAUGUGGAACAGUCAGGCAGGAACACCAAUCCACUGCAGUUCGUUGAACUCGAGACGGAGUUUCCUCGUGACUAUGACGACAACAUCGAGAUGCUUUCCCGCGAGGCGGAGCAUCUGGAGGAGCAGUUCCGCACGCCUACGCGCUCCAAUGCUACGGAUGCCACUUCCCACCAUGUGGCCGGAAUCAUCGACAACAUAAUAACCGAAGCGUCACGGAGUCUUACAAUCGAAAAGACUGAAGACGAUGUGCCAUUGAAGUCUUCUACCAAGCACUCGAGCGGCGUAAAACGAGUUGGCUUUCAAGUAGAGGAAAAGGACGAUACCGAGGUUCAGAGCGAAAAACAGGCAAAGAGCAUCGAUGACAUAACCAAAAAAGCGGAGAGUUCCGAGGCUAGCGCAGAGGAAGCUGCUGUCACCGGGUCCUCGACAGAUGCAUCUGCAUCUCUUCUGCCCUCCACGUCGCUGGUCUCCACCACAUCUUCAGCUACAUCGAUAUCCAAGAGUAAGAGCGAUGAGGACGAUGAUCCGGUGGCCAUGUCGCCGUGCGGACGAUUCUUUAAGUACGAUAAGGAAGUCGGACGCGGUUCCUUUAAAACUGUCUAUCGUGGCCUGGACACGUUGACGGGUGUUCCAGUUGCCUGGUGCGAGUUAUUGGACAAGCAAGUAAAAAAAAGUGAACGUACUAGAUUUCGCGAGGAGGCAGACAUGCUGAAGAAACUUCAGCACCCAAACAUAGUGCGGUUUUAUACAUAUUGGGAGUUUCCUAUUGGCCGCAAGAAGAAUAUUGUACUAGUCACCGAACUAAUGUUAUCUGGAACUUUGAAAUCCUAUUUGAAACGAUUCAAGAAAAUACACCCAAAGGUAUUGAAGUCAUGGUGUCGCCAGAUAUUAAAAGGCCUUAACUUCCUGCAUACUCGUCAAUUUCCUAUAAUUCAUCGUGAUUUGAAAUGUGAUAAUAUUUUUAUAACUGGCACCACUGGUAGUGUUAAAAUCGGCGACUUGGGCCUGGCAACUUUGAAAAACCGCUCCCACGCAAAAUCUGUGAUUGGUACGCCGGAGUUCAUGGCCCCGGAAAUGUACGAGGAGCACUACGACGAGUCGGUGGACGUAUAUGCAUUCGGCAUGUGCAUGUUGGAGAUGGCCAUUUCCGAAUAUCCUUACAGUGAGUGCAAGGGUCCAGCCCAGAUCUACAAAAAGGUGAUAUCGGGCAUUAAGCCAGCGGCGCUGGCUAAGGUGGAGGACCCCAACGUGCGCGACAUCAUCGAACGGUGCAUUGAACUAAAGAAGGAGGAUCGGCCCAGCUGCAAUGAACUGCUAGAAUCGGAGUUCUUUGACGAAGAUAUCGGUAUACGAGUUGAGCCAACUGCUUCGGAACAGUUCCUUUCUGAUCCGAGCAUCAGCAUCAUCGAGUUCAGACUGCGGUUUAUGGAUCCCAAGAAGCGCUCGUCCCGUCAUAAGGAAAACGAGGCAAUUCAGUUUGAGUACAACAUCAAGCAUGACGAGUACGAACAGAUUGCGCAAGAAAUGAUGAAGGAAAAUAUUAUAUCUGAGGACGACUCUCGCGCUGUAGCUCGGCUUUUAAAAGUGCAGGUGGUGUCGUUGCUUAAAGAACGUGCCCAGCGUCAAACUCAAAUCAAGCUGCAAAACGAGAAGUCUCGUUUGGAAAAAUUGGCAUUGCAAAAGCAACGUGAGAGUUUGCCGACCAACGUCGAUGAAGAUGAGGAAGAGGAGGAGGAGUCUGAGGACGAGGAGGAUGGUGUUAAAUGGAAUCAGCGCCUGCAGCUAAGAUAUGACCUGCUUAACACUGAUUCAGAAACAAGCCUUGCUCUAUCCACGAACAGCGUCGAACCGCAGCAGCUGUCCACUCGCUCGAACACUUCGAUUCCGAACAGUGGCAUUCAGCAACCUGUUCAGGUCCCAGGUCAAGUGCCUGUUUCCCAGUUGAUCUCGGUGCAGCCACAGGCUAUUCCGUCACCGGCUAUUCCCAUGCAACAGAAGCCGACGGUGCACUACAUUCAACCGCCACAGCUGGCCUCUUAUCAAAAUUCGAAUGCAUCGAUGCAGGAGAUGACCAAUAACCAGGUCAUAUCGCCGACAGGCAGUCAACAAAUGCAACAGCAACAACCCGUAGUGGCACCAACAGUCAAUCAUCAGGUCAUGCCGCAGCAGCAAGUCAACCAACAGCAGCAACCACAAAUGAUGCAGCAGAUACCCCAGCAAGUUCAAGUGCAGCAAGUUGGUGCGCAACAGCAGCCCCAAACUGUUUUGCCUCCGCAGCCACAUGAGCAGCAGCCACAGCAACAACAACAGCCACUGCAGCAGCAACUUCAGCAGCUUAUGCACACUAACGUGCAGGCUCCGGAUUUGACUCAACAGCAACAAAUUGCUCAGCAACAGGCCCAGCAAUAUUUUCAGCAGCAACAGCCUCAGCAGGCCGUAAACAUGCAACAAGCUUAUGCAAUGCAGCAAGCUGGCCAGCAGCAACAGCUUUCGCAGCCUCUUCAAAUUCAGCAACAGAUCUUGCAGCAACAACAAGCAGCCGUCUCACAUCAGCAACAGAUUAUGCAGCAGCAACUGGCCCAGCAUCAGCUGCAACAGCUUCAGCAGCAGCAGCUUCAACAACAGCAACUGCAACAGCAGCACCAACAGCAAAUACAACAACAGCAACUCCAACAACAACAACUCCAGCAACAGCAAUUCGUACAGCAGUAUGCGCAGGCAAUGCCGCAGCAACAACAUCAGCAGCUCGUUACGGGAUCGCAAGUCAUGGCACCGCAUCAGCAACCUAUUCAGAUCCCAGUGCAGAUGCAAGUUCCGCCGACUUCCGUGGCACCCCCAGUACAGCAGACUUACAAUCAGCAGGGCGGACAAGUAGCGCUCAGUGAUCCACAACAGCAACAGCAUCCCGGAUUAUCGGCCGUACCACCACAGCCAACGCAAUUUAUACAACAGCCCACGCAGCAACCCAUACAACUGUCAAUGCCUUUGGAGCAACAAUUGCAGCAAUUGCUGCAUAGCCAGCCAGCCCAGCAACAACAGCCCAUGAGCCAGCAGCAGCAACAGCCUAUGGUCCAACAGCAGCAACAGCCCUUGGUGCAACAGCAACAACUGCCUUUGGUGCAACAGCAGCCUCCUUUGGUCCAACAGCAGCAGCCUUUGGUCCAGCAGCAGCAACCGCUGGUUCAGCAUCAGCAGCCUUUGGUCCAGCAUCAGCAGCCUUUGGUACAACAGCCCCAACAACAGCAACCACAUGCCCAGACACAGCAACCACAGCCCCAGACACAGCAUCCACACGUGGUUCAGCAACAACCGCAACAGCAUCAACCUGCAGUAGAGCAAAUCUCACAGAUUUCUUCGCAAGUGCCUGUGCAACAGGAAAAUCUGCAGCCAAUACAGGUCAACAAAGAUGCGAAUGUAGCAACGGAUGCAAUGUCUCUAAAUAGCGCCCACGGAGCCCUCGAAACUGCACCGAAGACAGAACCCCAGAACUCUGGUGAUGCGGAAAAGCAGCAAAAGCAGACAGGCACGGGCACACGUUCCCAGAAACCGAGGCGUUCCAACCGGAGCGGCAACGAAAGGAUUCCCAAGCUUAGUGUAACCAGCGUUGACGAGGGCAGCGUCAUAAACUGCCACAUGGAAAAUAAACUUAAAACGAUUACAUUUAAAUUCGACAUAGGAGACGUAAAUCCGGUUGAAAUAGCCAAUAAAUUGAUCGCCCAAGAUUUGCUUUCUAAUUGUCAAAGUACAGUUUUUGUGGAAAUGAUCAAUGAAAUUGUUGACCAAGUCAAACAGAAUCCCAAUCAAAUCCCUAUACCGACAAAUUAUCGCCGCAAUAUUGAAAAGCGGGAUGAAACCGCCAGCGACAUCACAAAGAUGUUUGAGCCCACUAUCCAUGGCGUUGAAACCCUGCCAUCCGGUGGCGGAGGCGCUGAACAGUCGAACUGCAACUUGACUUUAGAGGCCAGGUCCCAUGUAUCCAACAUACCAAAUGCGAAGGAACCACAGCUGAACGUCAGCACUCCGCCCACAACCACUUCGACCAUGUCUUCCUCAUCAACCGCAUCGAGGGAUGCGCCCAAUAGCAGCAAUGACGUGACCAUCGGUUCUGGUUCCGUUUCUCGAAAAACAAGCACGGCCUCGGAGUACACUUCGCUAUCGAUUGACUAUAUGCCCGACAGCAACAUUACUCCAACUGGUCCAGAGCCACCGCUUGACGAUGGCAAGGAUAAGAAAACUUGCUCCCUUGCCAUAGCCAGAAUGCAAAAGCUCUUGGAGUCGGCCGGCAAUGGUGCUCCUCGCAGCCUGAAUUUGCCCUUGAAUCGUCACCUGAAGAUUCAAGAGGACUUGAAGCAUACUAGAAGUCUUGACGAUUUGACCACAGUGAAAAUAACCUUUGACAUGCCCAACAAGGCCGCAGUGGGUACUUCGGAAAACGCUCAGCAGGCCACAGAAGCGGAAGCGGAGAAGCCAAAAGAUAAAUCUGCACAGGCAGUAGGCAACCAGGGAGUUGGAGCGGCCAACACUCUAGAGCAGUUAAAAAUAGAACUGGAAAACAUCACUCAUGCCCACGCGUUCGCCUCCGCUGUAGUGGCCUCGAUUAACAACAGAGCUCCUCAUCAAGCUUCCCCAGCAAUGUCCUCCCUAAAGGCGACUUCUGGACAACCACAGACACAAGAGAUAACCAAGCCAAAUAACGGAGCAGGCCCUUCAGCACCCUCAGUAGGUCAGAAUACUCCCACUGCAGCCUUAACAUCCGCCAGGGGCUCAGGCUCCUCCGUCUACAACUCACGUCGUACAUCCAUCGACAACAGCGUGGGAUCCGUGGGAUCCGAUGUACACCUGCACACAGCCACUAAUCUUGAGGGGACAGUAAGCAACUCGGAUCCGACUCCCACUGAGGCGUCGGUUGGAAUUACCAUUUGCACGGGUCAUGAGAAGCAACUCUCCAAGCAGCCCAGUUUGGAAAAACCUUCUGCCACUUCCAUUUUAACGAACAGCAGUGAUCCUCCGCAAAGGAAUCCCAGCAAUGGAUCAAUUAACCAAAAUUCAAUAGCGGAUUUGGAAAAGAAAUUGGCAGCUUUGCGAAAUACCGAAAACACAGAAGAGUCUGCAUCAGCAACAUUGUCAGUGGUUCCUAAACAAGUUGAAGAGAUCGUCAAACCAAGCGCGCGUAAAAUUUCGCGAUUUAGUGUCAGUCGUGUGCAGGAGCAGAAAACUUCAACCGGAGUUGAGGAGCCUGCUCAAGCUCAACUUAAGAUCGACCUCCAAGUCGCCGGCCCUGGAGGCCAGGUGCAGACCAACAACUCCGUUCAGAACGGCAGCGUGGUCAACACUCCAACCGAAGUCAUCAGCUCUCCUAUUCAAAAUGUUCCGCUGGCCAUUAACGGAAUUCAGUUGAUAUACCAACAGCCCCAGCAGAUCCACCAGUUGCCAGGUGGAACCUCUACUACCACAAGUGGAGCAGGGAAUCAGUGCAUUGUAGUGCCUCAAGUGGUCAAUCAAAAUGGCACCCACGUGCAACAGCUGUCUAACCUACAGCCACAGCAGCAGAGCGUACAUCCAAAUAUGAUUCAACAGCCACAGCAGACGCCACUUAAUGGGCACCCGUCUAUGGUUAACACUCUUCAGCAGCAACCACAACAACAAUCCUUGCCGAUGCAGACGAUUCAGGCGCAGCAGCAGCAAAACCAAAUGCCUAUCAUUUCGCAACAACAGCAGCAGCAGAUCCUGAUGCAGCAGCAACAGGGAUCCCAGCAAGGAUCGCAGCAAUUUAAUUUGCCUGGCACACAACAGACUCAUCCUCAGCACCAGUUCAUCCAGUCGCAGCCCAACCAACUUCACUCGCUUCCGCCCCAGGUGGUCAGCAUGCCUCAGGGAAAUCUGCCGCAUCAGCUUCCACCCAUGCAGACUAUGGGUGCCCAACAGCAAAUGAUCUCGCAACAACAGCAUCAGUUGCAGAUGCAGUCGCACAUGCACCAACAAAACAUGCCCGGAAUGUACAACCAGCAGACUGGAGCUCGUGUGGCAGCACCCCAAAAUUUCGCAGGUGCUGUUCCAAAUCAUUUGUUGCAGCAGUCCCCUUUGAUGGCAUCCCAGCAGCCAGCACAGCCCAUGCAACAUGUUAUGCAACCGAUUUUUAAUGCAACGUCCGGUGAAGUUACCGAAGAGCCUGUUUCUUUAGCAGCUACGCAUCCGCAUCUGCUACCGAGCGAUAUUCAAUCCGAUAUAAAGCACAAUUUAGACUCACUAGUGAACCAAUUGUGCAAUACGCGCUUGGGUACUAACCAGCACCAACGGCUGUUGCUGUUGCGUCAGAGACAACUCAUCGAAGAGGACGAGCUGCGUCUUAAACAUUAUGUGGAAUACGAAAAGUUCCAAAAGGCCCUGCGCCAAUCUAUUAGCACAAACGUUCCAGCUAAUGCAGCUUACUAUUCUGCGGCUGCCGCACAGCUUCCAACCAAUUUGGCAGCUCCAGCAGCUCCGUCCUCAUCGAAUCCGACGUCCACAAGCUCCGCAAACACAUAACUGCUCUAAAUGUUUUGCUUCAUGCUCUUUUGACAAGCCAUACUUACAGCUCUACUCUAUGUUCUCGGCAAUAUAAUUGGCUCGAGCGAAAGGACGUGGAUCUGGAGGUAGAUUUUAAGUAAAAAGUUGUCGAAUGUUACGGGGUUGUCUGUAAAUAUUAGUCAAACGCUUCUUGUUGAUAUGCCAUUGUUUUAUAUUUCUCUUUCUGUUUCACUUCUUAUUUAAAAUUCCUAAUUUCCCAUUCUGGCUUUCGUUUAUUUGUUUAAAAUAAAUAUUAAAUUUUGUAUGAACUUUUUAAGGAAA